AUCUGACACACUGCUCAUCCACCUCUGGAGUGAGAAGUACCACAGAGAGAAAAGAGUGACUUUAUAAAUCUCAGGUUCUUUUCGAAUAGAGAAAACAAGUUACGCGACACAACGAUGAAUAUAUUAACAACUAUCUCAUUGCUACUCCUGGUUUGGGCGACUAAACAUGCGAACGCACAGGUUGAGCUCCCGGAUGUCAUCAUCGGCGACCCCAAUGAUGCGAGCAAUGACGUCGUGGGCGCCCCGAUUUCAGAAAAGGAACUAGAGGACAGUCUGGACCUCGACCUGGUGAACCUGCAGACGGAGGAGGACCCCAUCACCACAUCGGGGUUCUUCCAGGGCGACAUCAUGGUGGCGUCGGAGGAUCAGCUGUAUCAGAUCCUGGAGGGCGAUUCCGACGGCCAGAACAGCGCUAUCAGAAACCCUCAGAAAUUAUGGCCGAACUCCGCCAUUCCCUACGUCAUUUCUGCUACGUUUUCGUCGCAGGAGCGAGCGGUGAUCGCGCGCGCCAUGGCCGAGUACCGGCAGAGCACGUGCAUUCGCUUCGUGCCGAGGUCCAGCCAUGCUGAUUACAUUCAUAUUCUAAGAGGGCAAGGGUGUUCCAGCGCCGUGGGUCGGUCGGGUGGCGUUCAAGUGGUGUCCCUCGGGUACGGCUGCGUCCAGAUCGGAGUGGUCAUUCACGAACUGAUGCACGCCGCAGGAUUCUGGCACGAACAGUCGCGUCCAGACAGGGAUUCGUUUGUGACUAUCAACUGGUCAAAUAUAGUCCCACACCUUCAGUAUAACUUCGAGAAGAAAACCACCGCUGUCACACAAGACUUGGGUCUCUCAUAUGACUACAAUUCAAUCAUGCACUAUGGCCCCUAUGCUUUCGCCAUCAACAGACACUACCCGACGAUCACGCCCAGGCAGAGCGGAGCCACCAUCGGCCAGAGAAACGGCUUCUCGGCGCUGGACAUCCAAGGACUCAACCUACUGUACAAGUGCUCAGGGAAGCCCGUACCGCCUGCGGCCUGUGUCGAUAGCCAUGUGAACUGUCCUUCCUGGGCCAGUCUCGGUUACUGCAGAACCAACCCUGCCUACAUGUCAACGAGUUGCAAGAAGUCGUGCAACAUAUGUGGUGGUGGCUCGGGAUGUGUGGAUAAAGGGCCUCACUGCACCAGCUGGGCGGCCAAGGGGGAAUGCCAGCGAAAUCCAUCCUAUAUGUCAAUGAUGUGUAGGAAAGCCUGCAACCUUUGCGGUGCGGGGGGAUCCUGCAGCAACAAGAACCAGCACUGUCAGGACUGGGCCAAGAAGGGGGAGUGCCAGCGCAAUGCGGCCUACAUGCGUCAGUCCUGCUCCAAGGCGUGCGGCCUCUGCUGAAGACCUGAUACGAUGAACCGACUACUGGCUCCGAAAAUAGAAAAAAAAAUGCUCAAAUAUUUAUUUGCUCUAUGUAUGUGUCUAUUUUCGUGGCUAGUUAAUUUUGUUUGUCUCCCAAUUCAGACAAGUAGAUAUAUUACAAAUAUCUUUCCUGAAAUGUCUGAAAAAGCGGGCAUGAAUGUUAUUCCAGUGGGAAUAUUCUCGAUCGUAAAAUAAGUUCUUAGAACCAUUUAUGCAUCACAGGAACACAAUCUUACCUCACUUUUUAUAGAAAGAUGUUUUACAAUAAUAAAAGAAAAAAA